AUUAAAAAAAAUUGGUAACUCCAUGACUUUCAUAAGUAACGCGAAAAUUAAAUCGCACUGAUUUUUGCUAAUUUAUUUUUAUUAGAAUAAUUUGUUAUACCAGAAAAGUGUACAAUAUUUAUCCGAAAGUCAAUUAAUUUAACAAAAACGACACAGAGCCGCUGACGCCAUUUACAAUUUGCUGUUUUCCAUUGGAUUAAUAUAGAAAAGGCGUAAAAUGUCGGAAACACCAAGCACUCCCGAAAAACUUACCCCCGGUAAGCCACCAAUAUAUCGUCGUAGUAGCAGUGGCAGUCCACAUUCAACAUUGCAACUUCCAAGUCCUAUUAUAACUAAACGCACAAGAACUGCAUCAACAUCGGCUCGUGCUUUGGAAAAUCCCUUAGUUACCGGAAUAGUCAAGUCUUUUAGUCGCACCAAAGGCCAUGGUUUUAUAGCACCUAAAUCAGGUGGAGACGAAAUAUUUUGUCACAUAUCGGACAUCGAAGGUGAAUAUGUCCCUAUGGAGGGGGAUGAAGUCAAGUAUCGCUUAUGUGCUAUACCACCCAAAUACGAAAAAUUCCAAGCUGUGCACGUUAAUAUCAUUAAUUUGACACCUGAGGUCCAUCACAAAUGGGAGGAAUAAGCCCUUUCUGUAUGAUAUUGAUGAUACUAAUCAAAAAAAAUCAAUUGUGUUUUUCAAGAAUUUAAAACACUAAUACGAAAAUAAUGCCUGCCGUCAAAAAUUCUAAUGUUUAACAUAUAAUAUACGUUAAAAAAACAAUAAUGCCUCGUUUUAUUAGCCAGUUGUAAAAGAUACAUACAUUUUUAAGAACAAUAAAUAAAGAUUUUUUCUAGCAA